GAGUAGCUUUGCGCAGGAAUCAUCUGAACAUCUCCCCGAACCGCGGUUUUACUCACUAAGCAAAGAUGCAACAGUCGCAGCUGGACCCUUUACCCACUGACCUGCCCUUCCGACUCAUCUCCAAAACCAUUGGGCGAGGCGCUUAUGCAUCAAUCAAGAAGGCUGUCCCCCAGGACGCGCAAACGCCCGUCUUCGCCGUCAAGUUCAUCCACAAGGGCUAUGCCGUCAAGCAUGGCCGGGUGUCGGCAAAACAGCUGUUGAUGGAGGUAUCGCUUCACUCGCAUGUCGGCCAGCACCCGAACAUCAUCGAGUGGUUUGCUUCGGGAGAGGACACCAACUGGAGAUGGAUCGCCAUGGAGUUCGCCGAGGGAGGCGACCUCUUCGACAAGAUCGAGGCCGACGUCGGCGUGCACGAGAACAUCGCCCAUCUCUACUUCCUGCAGCUUAUCAGCGGCGUAAGCUUCAUCCACUCAAAGGGCGUGGCGCAUCGCGACCUGAAGCCUGAGAACAUAUUGCUGUCCGAGACAGGCAGUCUCAAACUCGCCGACUUUGGUAUGUCGACCAUGUUCGAGUACAAGGGUCAGCGGAAGACGAGCUCCACACUCUGCGGGAGCCCACCAUACAUCGCCCCCGAGAUUCUCGCUUGCGGCAAGGCGGAAAAGAAGUCUUUGCCAACCGCGAGCAAGUACUCGCCGGACCUCGUUGACAUCUGGUCAUGUGGUGUCAUUCUCUUCGUCUUGCUGGUGGGCAACACCCCCUGGGACGAACCGUCCAACGGCAGCUGGGAGUAUCAAGAGUACGUCCGGACGAACGGCCGCAGCACAGACGCCCUCUGGGGGAGGAUACCGCCGAAUGCCCUGUCGUUGCUACGCGGCAUGAUGAACAUUGACUCCAAGAAGCGCUUUUCAUUCCAACAAAUCCGUCAACACCCGUGGUACACCAGACCAAACCCGCACCUGACGUCCGACGGAAAGAUCUCUGACCCCCUCAACCUGGCCACGCAGAUGCUAGAGAGCCUCAAGAUCAACUUCAACCAGCAGCCGACGGCGUCCCAAAGCAAUCCGUCUAGCAGUGAUCCCAUGGAUAUCGACACCGUCGGUAAGGUCUCCUUUACACAACCCGAGACGCCCAUCAACGAUGUCGCAUGGGACUGGGAGCGCCCUGCCCUUAAGAUCAUGAACCCCAUCGCCGUCUCCUCGACGCAGCCCAUGUCCUGGAGCGUCAGUGGCGUCGCCAACAGACGAAUGUUCUUACAAUCACUCGCCGACGAGCCGUCCAUGAGCCAGUUCUCGCAGACCCCCGGCGUCCCCUUGACCCUGACCCAAGCGGCGCGCCGCUUCCGCGAUAUCGUACCGUCCGAGUCCCUCACGCGCUUCUUCUCACACGUGCCGCCGCAGCUCAUUGUGCAGAUGCUCAACGACGCGUUGCACCAGCUCAACGUCCCGCUGCCGCCCACAACGCCGAAUCUGAGUGCAGAGCACAUCGUCACGAUCAGGAUCAAGGCCCUCGAUGAGCGGCGGCAGUCGAUGCACGGCGAGAUUCACGUUGAUAAGCACAGGCUGCCGGAGGAGGAGGAGCUGUUGGAUAUCCGGUUCGUCAAGAUCAAGGGCGACCCGCUUGAGUGGCGUCGUUUCUUCAAGAAAAUUGUGGUGCUUUGCAAGGAUGGCGUGUAUGUGCCGGAAACAUGAUGAGAGAGUGGUUUUUCCGAAGGGCUUUGAAUAAAGUGAUGGAUGUGAAUGACGCUUACGCUGUAUAGAUGUAUGGAUAGGACUGUUAAUAAGGAAUGAACGAAGGAAAUCAAUACCCCG